GUCGGCUUCAGCUGUCAUUUAUUGUCAAAAUAAGGGUAAAUUACAGAUUAAAGUGACUUCUAGGUUUUAGAUUAGAUUUAUACUGAAAUUAUUUAAAUAAUCGAUAGAUAAUUGCUCAAUAUGUAGUAUAGUAUAGUUAAGAUUGAUGUUAAUUGUUUGUACGAAAGAAAACAAAAUGUCGUUAGAACAAACAGCUUGCGAUGAUCUAAAGGCUUUCGAGCGACGCCUGACUGAAGUUAUAGGAUGUCUGCAGCCAGCUACUAUGAGAUGGAGAAUUUUACUGACAGUGGUGUCAGUGUGCACAGCAAUAGCGGCUUACCAUUGGUUGAUGGACCCGCUCACACCAGUUGUCUCCCUCACACAGUCUCUCUGGAAUCACCCGUUUUUUGCCUUUACCUCCACUUUUCUAGGUAUGUAA